ACCUCCUGCUGGGCCAUGUCAAGCUGCAACCAGAUUGGAGUGGCCCCUGCCAUGGACAUGCCUGAGGUCCUCAAGUCCCUGCUGGAACACUCUUUGCCUUGGCCAGAGAAGAGGACAGAUAAGGAAAAGGGGAAGGAAAAACUGGAGGAGGACGAGUCGGCAGCAGCCAGUACCAUGGCCGUCUCUGCCUCCCUCAUGCCACCCAUCUGGGACAAGACCAUCCCCUAUGAUGGCGAGUCUUUCCACCUGGAGUACAUGGACCUGGAUGAGUUCCUGCUGGAGAAUGGCAUCCCUGCCAGCCCCACCCACCUGGCCCAGAAUCUGCUGCUGCCUGUUGCAGAGCUUGAAGGGAAGGAGUCUGCCAGCUCUUCUACAGCAUCUCCACCGUCCUCCUCUACUGCCGUCUUUCAGCCCUCGGAAACCGUGUCCAGCACAGAAUCGUCCUUAGAAAAGGAGAGGGAGACUCCAAGUCCCAUUGACCCCAACUGUGUGGAAGUCGAUGUGAACUUCAAUCCUGACCCUGCUGACCUGGUCCUCUCCAGUGUGCCAGGUGGGGAGCUUUUCAACCCUCGGAAGCAUAAAUUUGCAGAGGAAGACCUGAAACCCCAGCCCAUGAUCAAAAAAGCCAAGAAAGUCUUUGUUCCUGAUGAACAGAAGGAUGAAAAGUAUUGGACAAGACGCAAGAAGAACAAUGUGGCAGCGAAACGGUCCCGGGAUGCCAGGCGCCUGAAGGAGAACCAGAUCACCAUCCGGGCAGCCUUCCUGGAGAAGGAGAACACAGCCCUGCGGACGGAGGUGGCUGAGCUUCGCAAGGAAGUGGGCAAGUGCAAGACCAUCGUGUCCAAGUAUGAAACCAAGUACGGGCCCUUGUAACCUGUGCCCCUUGCCCCGCAGGGCACUGCCUGCACUUCAGACCUCUGCCUGGGGCUUCCUGGACCCCACACUCGUGUGGAGACUUAGGACUCUUCAUGGGCACAUGGUGGAGUACUUGCUCUAGGAGCAUUGAUGUCUCAGCUUCAUUAUAACAUGGCCAGCACAUGUGGUGACUUCCCCAGGGCACCAGGCUCCUCUCUGAUGGGGAACCCGAGCGAAUCUACGUAGACAGGUAAAUGGCCCAAGUUUCUCUUCUUGGAUGUCCCAGCUGAAUCAGAAGGGACCUCUGGAGUCCAGAUCUCUCUUUACAGAGUGCUCAGGCUUUCCUAGCCUUCCCUCAGUCUCCAGCCUGGACUGACAAGGGCUGUCUC